GGUGUAACGUGUCCUACUUAUAUCAGUGCACUCAUGACAAUCAAAUCAUUAGUAACUUAUAUUCGAGCAAAUAAGUUAUAAAAUGUUUUGUUAACCAUAUUCGACACUCAUUGAGCUCCAUGCAAAACUCGUUAGGGCGAGCGAAAAAGCGCCAACUGCUGGAGAUGACAGAUUUUGGCCCCAGUUAUCUCUCUCGCUUCGCCUUUCCCCUCUGCUUGUAGUGAGAGAAGUUUGUCCCUCUUCGUGAUCUGUCCGGUGUUCCAGAAGCGACGGUUGCUGGUGUAUUGGACGUUUAUAUAUAUGUGUACCAGUGGCAAAGAUGGAGAAGGACACCACUAUUAGGAGAAUAAAAUCCUUAUACGGGACGCAAAACAAUGUAUCGGAAAACAAGAAUGACUCUCAGGAUCAAUGUGGAAUCAACGGCUGUAGUGAAGUGAAAAAGAAGCCUGAAGUGAGCUUGUACCUGCUACACGAAGGCGUCGGAGUGGCACUGGUGACUGUAUUUAUUCUGGUGCUGUGGGGAGUCGUUCAUUUAUCAUUACAGCAGCUAGUCAUUGGAAAGUCUACUGGCGAGUUCAAUGCUAUCAGGGCAAGGAAGCACCUGGAGCGUAUCACCAGCGUCGGUCCCCGUCCCACGGGCAGCCCGGAGAAUGAGAUCUUAACGGUUAACUUCCUGCUAGAGCAGAUUGAGCACAUCAAGGCCGACAGCGCCUCAGGACCCCACUCUGUCACUGUGGACGUCCAGCGACCCACAGGCUCCUUCAGCAUCGACUUCCUGGGAGGGUUCACCUCCUACUACGACCGGGUCAGCAACAUCGCUGUCCGCCUGGAGCCCAAGGCUGGGGCUCAGCACCUCAUGCUGGCCAACUGCCACUUUGACUCUGUGGCCAACAGUCCUGGUGCAAGUGACGAUGCAGUGAGCUGUGCGGUGAUGCUGGAGGUGCUCCACUCCCUGGCCAACCUCUCCACACCUCUACGACACGGGGUGGUGUUCCUCUUCAAUGGAGCUGAGGAGAAUGUGCUGCAGGCGAGUCAUGGCUUCAUCACUCAGCAUCCCUGGGCCAAGCAGGUUCGAGCCUUCAUCAACCUGGAGGCUGCAGGGGUGGGCGGCAAAGAGGUGGUGUUUCAGACAGGUCCUGAGAACCCCUGGUUGGUCCAGGCCUAUGUCCAUGCUGCCAAACAUCCCUUUGCCUCGGUGGUGGGACAGGAAGUCUUCCAGAGCGGUGUGAUCCCAUCUGACACGGACUUCCGCAUCUACAGGGAUUUUGGAAACAUUCCAGGAAUUGAUUUGGCCUUCAUUGAGAACGGUUUCCUCUACCACACCAAGUACGACACAUCCGACAGAAUACUGACCGACUCCAUCCAGAGGGCAGGUGACAACAUCCUGGCGGUACUGAAGCACCUGGUGAUGUCUGAGGAGCUGGCGGACUCGUCGGAGUAUCGUCAUGGCAACAUGGUGUUCUUUGACCUGCUUGGCAUGGUGGUGGUGGCGUACCCGGCCCGCGUUGGUACCAUCAUCAACUACAUGACUGCCAUGGCAACCUUCCUCUACCUAUUUAAGAAGUGCUCCCAUCCCAGUAAUGUGGGAGGUCGUUACAUCAAGGAGCUGGCCUAUGCCACAGCGGUGGUCAUCCUCAGCUGGUUGGUCACUCUGCUGACAGUGCUCAUCAUAGCCUUGGUUGUGUCGCUGACAGGACGAUCCAUGUUCUGGUACAAUGACUUCUAUACAUGCAUCUUUAUGUACGGUUCUGCUGCCACUGGGACGAUGGUCCUGAUCCACACACUGGCCAAGAACCUCUACUACGGGGGUGUACGUCGUCUGGAGCUGGGGGAGCUCUACUUUGACGUGAGCCUGCUGCUGUGGUGCGGUGCCCUAGUCUACCUCACAGCUAACGACCUCUGCUCUGCCUAUGUCCCCAUGCUGAUGGUGGCCUUCCCUCUGACCACCAAGCUGCUCCUCGCCAGGGAGUUUAAACUCAGAGGUGCAUCGGUGAAGUACUCUGUUCUCUACCAGCUGGGUCUGGCUCUGCCCUAUGUCCACUUCAUGUUCCUGAUCUGGGUAGUGUUUGAGAUCUUCACGCCCAUCCUGGGGCGCAGCGGCACAGAGAUCCCCCCUGACGUGGUCCUGGCCACCCUCGUCACCCUCGCCACACUCUUCCUCUCCUCCUUCUUUCUCCACUUCAUCUACUUGGCUAGGUCUACUAAGUGGCUGUUGGCAGGUCUGGGAACAGUGUUCAAUGUGUUUCUGGUGCUGGUGUUGUGUGGAAUGUUCUUCCCCUAUACAGCAGACCCCUCGAGCCCACGCCCCAAACGGGUCUUUCUUCAGCACACCACUCGUACCUUUCAUGGUCUGGAUGGCCAGGUGAAGAGCAGAGACUCAGGUCUGUGGAUCAACAGCUUUGACUACACUGGCAUGCAGCACAUCACGCCUAUCAUACCAGAGAUCAACGACACUAUCAGGACCAGCUGUCAGGAGGACAGGCCUUUCUGUGGCUACCCCUGGUUCCUACCUGUCAAGUUCCUUGUCAAGAAGAACUGGUACCUCCCAGCCCCUGAAGUCUUUCCCAAGUCUCCCAUCGAGUUUCAGGUCCUUUCUAAAGAACAGACAAAAUGGGGCACAGUGAAGAUUACAUUUGAAGUCAAAGGUCCCAGCCACAUGUCCCUCUACCUGAGACCCCACCAAGGGGCCUCUCUGUCCAGCUGGUCGUUUGGGGAUGGUGUUCCCCAGUACCACCUUGCUGGAGAGUACUUUAUAUUCUACUCCCACGGCCUGGAUGCCCCCGCCUGGAACUUCUGGUUCGAAAUACAGCCUCCCAGAGAAGAGGAUCCGUCAGGCCCAAAGGGAAUGAUCUCAGUAGCCAUCUCAUCUCAUUACUUCUUUGGAGAGGACCAGAGGACUGUUCAGCUAGAGGACAUGCUGAAGAGGUUCCCUAAAUGGGCCUUCCCCUCUUCCUGGGUCUCCACCUAUCACAUGUACCGAUACUGACACCUAGGCCUAUCAGAUGUAUACACACUGGGAGGCACCUACCACAUUUACCCAUACUUGAAAUACUGGGCCCGUUGUUGGGCCUGCUUCCACACACACAUUUGAGAGACCCGACCAUCACUGUGUCAAUAGCUAACAGGAGGGACAUUAAAGCAACAUUAUUUAUAAACAGUAACAGUAGGACUAGGGAACGGUCCUUAUAAACAGUAACAGUAGGACUAGGGAACGGUCCUUAUAAACAGUAACAGUAGGACUAGGGAACGGUCCUUGUAACAGUAGGACUAGGGAACGGUCCUUGUAACAGUAGGACUAGGGAACGGUCCUUAUAAACAGUAACAGUAGGACUAGGGAACGGUCCUUGUAACAGUAGGACUAGGGAACGGUCCUUAUAAACAGUAACAGUAGGACUAGGGAACGGUCCUUAUAAACAGUAGGACUAGGGAACGGUCCUUAUAAACAGUAACAGUAGGACUUGGGAACGGUCAACCAGUGUUCAGUUGAGUUCCUUUAUUGUGGGGAUGAGGGUAAAUAGGUCUUUUUUUUAAACUAUUUUUCUUCUCGCUCUCUGACAAACUGUUUUGCAUGUAUGGCCUUGCAUGUUCCAUCUGUUAACAAGCGCGAGGUCUUCAGCGUCACUCACUAUUUCAGUUAAAAGGCUACAGUGUUUUUUCCUUACAAAAUGAACCGUUUCAUGUUUUUACAUUUUAAAUAAGAAACAAACAAAAAGGUGAACAGGAUUUAAUUGUUCCAGUAGUGUGAUUUACUUACGGUGAGCUCGCUAAUGUGCAAGGAUAUUUUGACUUGUUUUAACGAGUGAUGGCAAUGUCGAAAAUACAAAUGCAAUUAACUCAUCACUGAAUUAAUAAAUAAUUUAGCUGGGUAUUGCAAUUUUAAACAUAUUUUCUGUCCAUCAAGAAACACACUGAUUUAGAUAGUUUGGUUCUCUUCAACUCAGUCAUAAACUAAUGGUGCUUUUUACAUUUUCCUCAAACUCUGAACCACAGUGCUCUAACCUCUAAACAACUGCAACAAGGCAGUUGUUUUAAUGCCGUGGUGCUUUUUCAAAACAUCUCACCAACUCCAAUUAAUUUUGUCCUACUGAUGUCCCUCAAUGGUACUUCCUGUUAACAGUUGAACAGUCAAAUGGGUUAAAAAAAACUCCUAUUUCACAUGGUGUGUUUUUGCCCAUCAUGUGCAAGGUGAAUAUCAAUAUUUUACAGUGGGAUAUUAUAAUACUAGUUGCUGAUGUCAUAAAAGAUGGACAACACCCUUUCUGGUGUUCUGAUAAGUUUAUUCCGAUGGUUGAAGCCUGCACAGUGAGUGGGUCAGACUCUUGCACAUAGUUCCUGAAUUGACCCCCAACCCGGUUUAGAACAUCAUGGUGUUUGAUUGCAGGACAGCAGCUCCUGCGAACACUGAGGCUGCACAGGGUCUGUGUUCAUAAAGAGUCAGAGUGCUGCUACAGGAUCAGUUUAGCCUUUUAGGUCAUAACAAAUACAAUUAUAUGGAUAGAGGGGGACCUGAUCUGAGAUCAGUACUCCUACUUUAUGAAUAAAGCCAUGCUAUUUUCUCUGUACCUGCAUGGUAAAGUCUUCAUAAUUAAUAUAAUUCGCAAUAUUUUGAAACGGUUGUUACACGCGGCUAAUAGUUUACUGUAGUCUCUCCUGCUUUCCACACCAAGCAGCACAUUUUAUUUGAUUACAACAUUUCACCCAAGUGUUUAUCGCAAUUCCGUUUUUUCCCCCCAUAUCGUGCAGCCCUACUUAAUGGUUCUCAGCGAUGGCUCGAUGUGUUACCUCUAUGAAGUAGAUAUUUGGGGUUUUGUGAAGACUGACCAGUACUUGAGGUUUGAUAAGGAUUGUUACUAGGCAACUGGAGUGUUGAUUUGGGCAGUCUCUUGGACUACACUGCUGUGGCUAGUACCAGUUUGUGUUGAACAGUCGCCUUGUUUUGAAUCCAGCGAUGCGUCCUCUCUCUGAGCAGGUGAAAGGAUGGAACCAAGCUAAUGUGCUUUCUAGGUUCUGCAUCUUAAAGACAUAAGGGGUUCUUGCCACAUGCACUUAACCUGUAAAAAAAAAAAAGUCUUAGCAGGAUUGUACAGCAACAGUAUAUUAUGUAGUUAAGGGUUUAAAAAAAAGGAUUUGUCAUAUCCAUCACUGUGGUGCACCUGUGGUGAAAAACACAACCCAGUAAUACUCUUAAAUUUGCAUGAUGAACACAAGGUGAUGUUUUUCUUGAGAGGAAAGGAGGAAACUAACGAGCACGUCUAAAGACCUUUAGCUAGUGGCAUCGUUUAAUUAAGUUUUGUUUAUGCCUGAACUUGCACCCUAUUGGCUGCUUUUGACCAGAGCCGUAUAAAAGUAGUGCACUAUACAGGGAAUAGGCAGCCACCUUAAUCAGAGGUAUAUCAACAGCUCAGGCCUGAUGGAUGGAACAAAUAUACAGGUGUAAUUUAAACAUUUAAUAAAAUGAAUUGAUUUAUUUCUAUCAAGUAUGGUGGGAUCUGUAAUUUAGGUAAAGAAAUAUCCCCGUAGGUCCUGAUUCUGUAAUUACAAAAUGAUUGGUGACUAAUGUUCAGGUUCACUACCCCAAACCUUCCCGUUGACUCAAGCGUACUGUACACUGCCUUCUUAAAAAUAUAACUUCAUGUUUUGUAUGGAUUUCUCAACAUAACUGUGUUGCUGCUCAUGCUCUGAAAUUGUAAAGUGAUUUAUGGUUUAUGGUAAUGACAUUUGUCAGUACUGUCAAACUUUUCUUAUGCAGUCAUUUAUCAUAACAUUUAUGAUUUUACAAACAAAAGUAAUGCAGGGAAUCAAUCCGAUCGCACCUUAUCGGCAAUGUUCACUCGUUCGUGGUAAACGCUGGCUACAUGUUGCUUCAAUAAUGCAUUUCCAUUCAAAUGGUGCAUUGCUGCCAAAACGCGAUCAGAUUGAAACCUGGCAUAAAUCCCCACCCAAUUCAAGCAAACAUCAUAAAACAUUGUUACUGUAAAUAUGAUACUGACAUUUCUCGAGCCUCGUCCUUUUUCAAUACCAAUAUUAAGGUGAAACAUUUCAUUGAAACCGUUUAUGGGUCUCAAAUUUUUAUUUUGUAGAAUGAUUGUGAGAAAGGAUCUACUUUCCUUAAAUUCUUGCCUGAAUAAAGGAACCAGUUACCUGCACUUCAGUUGGAAAAGUGGUAACUGAAAUGCAUCCACGUUUGAGUGUUUGCUGGGACAUGUUCAAUUUCGUUCGAUGCAACUCACCUGCAGUAUCUACGCCUAUUUUAACUGCAGUGUACUCUUGGGUCACUGAAUAAAGUGCAGUUUUGUAUAACAUGUUAAUUAUUUAAAAGCAAUCAUACUUUUGUAAUUUUUUAUUUUAUUAAUUUGUCAACUGGUAGGGUUUACAUCUAACCUUUUUAAAAAUCAGUAAUGUAAUCCCAGGUGGGAUUAACAUGGUUGAUUUGGGGAAUUGUGUAACAGGGUAUUUUGAUUACAAAAAUAAACUUGAAAUGAA